CAUCCCAUGUCCUUGUGCAAUUCCUCUGGCAGGCUCCAACAGAUAAAUAAAGCCCUCCGCCCCCCACCUUGAGUCUACCUUUCAUAGCAGAGCACCUGAGUCGGUCAGUCCUGAAGCCUCAGCCUCCUGCUUUCCUGCCAGGGCCUCUCCGGGGCAGCCAUGAAGUCCCUCGUCCUGCUCCUGUGCCUUGCUCAGCUUUGGCGCUGCCACUCGGCCCCACCAGGCCUGGGUCUGGUCUACAGAGAGCUGAACUGUGAUGACCCAGAAACCGAGGAAGCAGCCCAGGUGGCCAUGGACUACGUCAAUGCACACCUUCUUCAGGGCUACAAGCACAUCCUGAACCAGAUUGACAAAGUGAAGGUGUGGCCUCGGCGGCCCACGGGAGAGUUGUUUGAGCUUGAACUAGACACGCUGGAAACCAUCUGCCACGUCCUGGACCCCACCCCCGUGGCGAACUGCACCGUGAGGCAGCUGACGGAGCACGCUGUGGAAGGAGACUGUGAUUUCCGGUUGCUGAAGCUGGACGGCCAGUUUGCUGUGUUGUUUGCAAACUGCGAUUCCAGUCCAGACUCUGCGGAGGACGUGCGCAAAGUGUGCCCAGACUGCCCCCUGCUGGCUCCGCUUAACGACACCAGGGUGGUGCACGCUGUGGAAGCUGCGCUGGCGGCCUUCAACGCUCAGAGUAAUGGCUCCUAUUACCAGAUUGUGGAAGUUUCCCGGGCUCAACUUGCGCCUCUUCCACCUUCUACCUAUGUGGAGUUUGCAGUGGCUGCCACUGACUGUGUUGCUAAAGAGGUGACAGACCCAGCCAAGUGCAACCUGCUGGCAGAAAAGCAGUAUGGCUUCUGUAAGGCGACACUCACUGAGAAGUUUGGUGGGGAAGAUGUUGCAGUGACCUGCACGGUGUUCCAAACACAGCCUGUGGUUCCACAGCCCCAACCAGAUGGCAACAACGUGGCAGUUCCCCCCCUUGCAGUGGACCCAGCUGCACCUCAGCCCGCUCCAGCUAACCUGCCAGCGGCUGUCCGGGUGGUGGGACCUUUGGUGGCGGCGGCCCCCCGAAGACACCUACUACACCGGGCACACUAUGACCUGCCCGGUGCCUUCUCAGGUGUGGCCUCAGUGGAGUCGGCCUCAGGAGAAGCACUCCACCCAGUGAAACCACCUGUGGUGGUGGGGCUUGCGCCCACUGGGCCUGCUGGUCCAGUGGUCCGCCCAUGCCCAGGGAGGAUCAGACACUUCAAGAUCUAG